AUGAAGCGCCGAAACGAUUACAAGGUAGCCAUGGCCGAAAGCAUGGAACUGGAGCCGCUGGGUGGCAUGGAGAAAUCGUCGGAAAGCAAACGCAACGGAAUUAACAAAUACGGAGGUGACAGUACCAGCGGUCGUCCGGCGAGGGAAGGAGUUGCCGUGUGCUCACAGAAGCGUGCACUAUGCGUGACAGCGAUUGUCUUGGGAACGUUGCUAGCCACUGCCCUGGUGAUAGCAUACGCCGGACCGCAGAGCGUGUGCCCCUGUGCGGGCAAAAUCCCGCCCGGCUACAUACCGGAGGGCUACAACAGCUCGGAACCGUUUCAACCGAUUGCCACCAAUGGGCAGCCCUACCCGUGGCUACUACCCACGCUGCCCAACAAUGUGCGACCGAACCGGUACAUGCUAACAAUCCAUCCCAAUCUGACGACGCUGGAUGUGAAAGGUCAAGUGACGGUGGAGUUCUAUGUUGAGAAAGAAACCAACUUCAUAGUGCUGCAUGCACAAGAUUUAAAUAUAACAGAGAAGGCUCUGGUAGGACCGAAAGGGUAUGCUCUUAAAAUACUGAGGAUACUGGAAUAUCCCCCUAGACAGCAGCUGUACAUCGAGUUGAGAGAUAAGCUAAGAAAGAAGGCCAAUUACACUCUUAGCAUUCGGUGGUACUCGAAGAUGGUUUCCGAACCGGAUGGAUUUUUUGUCGAUCAAUUCGAAACGGAACCGGAUGUUAACAAGAUACUGGCAGCUACAGUCCUCAAACCGGGAAGUGCUCGAAAAGCUUUUCCCUGCUUUGACGAACCGCAUUUGAGGGCUUCUUUCAGGAUAUCACUGUUCCGUGACAGAUUUCAUAUUGGUUUAUCGAACUCGAUCGUACAGGAUACGGAUGACGUUGGAUUUUAUAUGGGAACCGGAUUGCUGCGUGACGAUUUCGCUGAAACACCACCGCUGCCACCGGAUUCGAUCGCGUGGGUGAUAAGCGAUUUCAAGCGACAAAUGCUUGAUCCGUCGCCAAUCUAUCAAACCGUAAAUGUGACCAAAGAUACUCAUCGGCCCUUGCUGGAGCCGACGAAAGCGCCGGCGAAACUAACGAAGGCUGAAAAGAAACCAUUCCGCAAUCUAACUGCCGUUCUGCUGUCGAAGAACCUGUUCAAGCUGACGAACAAUCAACCAACCGCUAAAACGGCAGGCGCAGAUGAAACGACACACGCGAGCUCAGCCGCAGGAGCCGUAGCGGAAAACGUAAUUCAGGGAAAUCAUACCAAUCAAAAUGGGAACGGAGCGGACGGCAAUCACACCAGUGCGAACGACACGCUGGAAAUCAAAACUGCCCCGGCGUAUUCAUUCUAUGCUCCAAAACCGUACGUAGACAAGGGAAGCUUCGUACUGCAUACUUCUCGAGACAUCCUGGAAUAUUUACAACAGUGGCUUGGGGUGGCUUAUCCUCUGUCGAAGUUGGACUUUAUAGCAUUACCGACCCUAAGCGACGAUCUUACAAGCUCACUCGGAUUGAUCGUAUGUAGAACAUCGUUCCUGAACUCCCCGGAAAAUGUAUCCACCAAGGAGUACCACAUGUCGGUGGUGAAGAUUUCCGAGGGAAUUGUGAAGCAAUACUUUGGUGGAUUGAUCUCGCCGAAAGCAUGGAAACAUGUUUGGCUAUGGGAAGGUAUCAUCAAGCAUUUGAGUAGAUUCAUUCUAACGCCGAUACGCCCGAUGUGGCCCAUGAACGAACUAUUUCUAAUCGAAACUACAACGCGAGCGCUCGACGUUGAUGCUUUGCAGGGAUGGGAAAGUAUCCACGGAGGAACGACCGACACCGGAGAUAAUGAAGCCUUCUACAUCGAUAAAUCCGCAUCGAUGCUGGCUAUGCUACAGUCGGCCAUUGGAGAAUCUCAUUUUCGGCAGUGCUUGGGAAAGUUCAUAAGAACCUUUAAAUACCAGACAGCAGAACCGGCUGACCUGUGGUCGAUCUGUGCGAAGCAAGUAAACAACAGUAAAAAUGUUAAAGAAAUGAUGAACUUCUGGACGAACCUGCCCGGGUUUCCACUCUUAAACGUGACACGGUUGGGUGAUGAACUGCACAUCAACCAAAUACCGUUUACCCCUGCCGAAUUCGUGGCAAUAUACGAUGAUCCGAACGAGGAUGAAAAUGGUUCUCUGUCGACUACGACAACGACGACGGUUGCUCCGACUUCUGCCACCGGUAAGGAUAAAAAGCGAGUACGGUGGACGUUUCCGAUUAGCUACGUAACCAGCAACAGCGACCAACUGCCAGAGACGAUAUGGUUCAACACGACUGGAUGUACGUAAUGUUGAGGAAGCCUCUUGGAGCGUUGUAAUCUGAUCGUGGGUUUGCUUUCUUUUUCAGCCGUUUUAGCACUAAAUCACUCACCCAAGUGGGUUAAGAUGAAUCAUGAGCAAACGGGAUACUAUCGGGUGUUGUACGACGAGAGCAACUGGGCCCAGUUGGUCGAGCAGCUGCAGAUUAAUCAUCACGUUUUUAACACACAGGAUCGCGUCGGUUUGGUUUCGGACAUUUUCACCCUGUGCCAUGCCAACCUGCUGUCGUGCGAUUUUGCUAUGGAUUUGAUAUCCUACUUCCCCAAGGAGCAAGACUGGGGUCCCGUACUGGUGGGUCUCAAACAUCUGGAGAAGUGGCGUAAGAUUCUGAAGUACUCGGAAUGCUAUCUAGUGCUGGCGGAAUACAUUCGCCAGAAUCUGGCCAAGUCGAUCCAGGAGCUAACCUGGAACGAUACGGGCAAGGAAGAGCUGAAGCUGCUUCGACCGACGGUUCUCCUAAAUGCGGUACUCUGGGAGGAACCGGACGCCAUACGCAAUGCCAAGGAGCUGAUGAAUGACCAAACGACCAUCCCACCAAACUUGCGAUCGGUUGCCUACAUCGGUUCGGUCCUGUCCGGGGAGAUUCGCUACUGGCAGGACUGCUGGUCUUUGUACAACACCCUACGGAAGGAGAAGGACGUUGGUUCCGAGGAGCGGAUGGAACUGUUGCGAGCCCUCGGUGUUACGAAGGACGCGUGGCUUCAGAACCGGCUGUUGUCGCACGUGAUUACACUGCCCGUGACCGAAAUUGUGCAGGUUUUGGAAACGAUUGCCGGCACGCCAACCGGCGGCGCGAUGGCCUGUCGUUUCCUGCAGGCCAAGUGGCUCGACUUUCAGUCGAAGCUCGGCAAAGGAAGCGUCAACUUUGCUCGCGUGAUAUCCGCCAUCACGCAGUACGGUUCGACAAAGUUCGAUUACGAUGAGUUGAAAUCGCUGGUGGAACGCUUCGGUGGUGGACCGGGAAUGAAGAUUCUUAAUAUGACUCUCAGCAUGGUAGCCGCCAACGUCGAGUGGGUAAGUCGUUCACAGUCAUCUAUAUACAACUGGAUUGAGAAGAAAUACCACUUUUGA